AAAAAAAAAAAGUCUAGGUAAGCGGGUCCCGUCCUGUCCGGAGGUUCGAGGCCGUACCCGGGUGCCGCCGCUUUCCGCGCAGACACCAUGAAGGCUCAGCCCGCGGCAGCCUCCAUCCUCUGCCUGUGCCUGGUGCUGGCGGCCUGCGCCGCCUCCGCCGCGGGAGGGCUCGGAAAGGGUUUUGGAGAUCAUAUUCAUUGGAGAACACUAGAAGAUGGGAAGAAAGAGGCAGCAGCCAGUGGUUUGCCUCUUAUGGUUAUCAUCCACAAGUCCUGGUGUGGAGCUUGCAAAGCUUUAAAGCCGAAGUUUGCUGAAUCCAAGGAGAUUUCUGAACUUGCCCAUAAUUUUGUAAUGGUCAACCUUGAGGAUGAUGAAGAGCCAAAGGAUGAAGCCUUUAGUCCUGAUGGAGGUUACAUCCCCAGAAUCCUUUUCAUGGACCCCAGUGGAAAAGUCCAUCCAGAAAUCAUAAAUGAGAGAGGAAACCCCAGCUACAAGUAUUUCUAUACCAACGCUGAUCAAGUUGUCCAAGGGAUGAAGGAGGCCCAGGAGAAGCUGACAGGCGAUGCUUUCAAACAAAAGCACCUGGGAGAUGAACUAUAAUGAAUACACUGAAUGAUACCUUUUCAUCGCUUCAAAACUAAGAGGAAAUGAUUAAACAGACCAAGAAUGUAGAUGCACUGAAGGGACAUAAUUCCCCUGUCAGCAAUGUUAGGUUAAAAGCCCUGUUUGGAAUUCACACAUACACAAUAGUUACAGUUUUUUCUCUGCCUGGCAGUUUGAACUGUGGUGGUUCUUUGCAACUGGGUAAUGUGCAAACACAUCUGUGCGUGUGUUUGAGCAACCACUAAUAUUUGGUGUUAAAAGGGAGGUGGGUAGGGAACACACGAUUUGAGGACAAUGUGAUGGGAAAAACUAGAAGUAGCCAUCAUUUUGACACCAAUCAGGGUUGAAUCUCUCUUUUCUCACUGGUAUUAUGUGAUGCCAUCGUUUUUACUGGCAUUCCCACCACUGGGGCACGUUCCUGGGCCAGUUGUUUUCUAGAUAUUUAAAACCAUGAAUUCUGCAACUACACCAAGUAGAUUACAUUUCAUGAAUGUCCAAGUAGCAUGUGAAUUAUCAGCUCUGCAAAUGUAUUUUUGUGUAAAACUGUGUGAUUCAUCUUUAUUUGCCUUUGGGCAGAAAUAUAACUUUUUCCUUAUGCACUCACCUUUUCAUUGUUCCAUCAACUGAGGGUGGGUUAUGUUGAAGCUUUACGGGGUUUCCCCUUUUAUUCUUUGAAUGUUUUUGGCGAAUGCCUUGCCAUCACAUUGUACUGUAUUUUUGUACCAGGGUGAAAAAAAUUAAACCUUUUUAAACAUAA